AUGUGGACAAUACCCAAACCCCGAUAUAAGAACUGCAACAGCUUGGAUACAAGGGAUGAAGCCGAGAUAGCCGUGAACAUUGGCGGGGUGAGGCUAGUUUUAGACGGUGAUGUGCUUAACCGCUACCCGGAGAGUCGACUUGCAGAACUGAUCAACUGCUCAACUCUGAAUUACGACGUUAUCUACUCACUUUGUGAUGACUACGACCCGGGUAAAAAAGAGUUUUAUUUCGACCGGGAUCCUGACGCUUUCAGAUGUAUCAUUGACGUGUAUUACUUCGGUGAGAUUCACAUCAAACGAGGUAUCUGUCCAAUUUGUUUCAUUAAAGAGAUGGAGUUCUGGAAAAUUCACCAAAGCUAUUUGGACGAGUGCUGUAAAAGUUACCUGACUGAAAAAGAGGAAGAGCUGGCAGAGAUUGCCAACAAAGUGAAGCUUAUCUUGGAUGAUAUAGAUGGGGACCCUUCUGUCUACCGCUCAGCGCGGUGCCUAAAGUUCCUUUGGAAACUCAUGGAGAAACCGGAGUCCUCGUUGCCUGCGCGCGUUAUCGCCAUUGCAUCUUUCCUCUUCGUCCUUGUAUCCUCCGUGGUGAUGUGCGUGGGGACCAUUCCAGAAGUCCAAGUGGAAGAUGAAGAGGGGGACCUUGUGGAACACCCGAUGCUGGAGGCCAUCGAGACAGUCUGCAUAGGCUGGUUCACCGUGGAAUACCUGCUGCGUUUUAUGUCCUGCCCAAACAAACUGCACUUUUUCCUAUCCUUUAUGAACAUAAUAGACUUCAUGGCUAUCAUGCCCUUCUACGUGGUGCUGACCCUUACUUACCUGGGUACGGCCAUGAUGGAUCUGGCCAAGGUCCAGCAAGCGGUCCAGGCGCUUCGCAUCAUGCGUAUCGCCCGCAUCUUCAAACUCGCGCGCCACUCCUCCGGGCUACAGACUCUCACCUAUGCGCUGAAGAGGAGUUUCAAAGAGCUGGGGUUGCUACUUAUGUACAUGGGCAUAGGGAUAUUCGUGUUCUCAGCACUGGGCUACACCAUAGAGCAAAGCCACCCGGAGACCCUCUUCAGUAGCAUCCCACAGUCCUUCUGGUGGGCUAUUAUCACCAUGACCACCGUGGGCUAUGGAGACAUUUACCCCAAAACCACUCUAGGCAAGUGCAACGCAGCCAUCAGCUUCCUGUGUGGGGUGAUAGCCAUCGCGUUGCCCAUUCACCCCAUUAUCAACAACUUCGUCAUUUUUUACAACAAGCAGACAGUGCUCGAGACCGCGGCCAAGCACAAGCUGGAGCUCAUGGAGUUGCAGUCUAGCGAGGACUCACUGAUGAAGGCAAAGCGCAAGUGUGGCGCAGCGGGUGCGUUGGAGAGCUCUAUGCGCACCUCGCGUAGUGAUAAUUGUAUACCACUUCUCGAAGAAUCGACCAGGACUUUGAAGUCGAAAAAUUAUUGCUCGGAAACAGAAUCAUUUUAA